CCCGCUGCGCAAUUUGAAGUGGGUUAGGAAUUGUGUUAGGUGCAAAUUAUCAUGUAUUCAGAUAAAGAUGGCUCGGCGACACUUCAAUCGCAAACUGUGUAUCGUUCGCGCAUACGAUUGCUGCUACCAAUCACUAAUUUGCUGUCGUGGGCCGGUUUUGGCAUUGCGCUUUUGAGAGGGGAUUUCGCUUCGCUGUCGAUGAAGAAAGAGAGCAUUUUGGAAUGGGAUAGUUAUUUGUGGCCUCUCCUCAUUUUCAAUAGUCUCGGCCUGUAUAGGAAAGACAAUCCUAUCGAUAUUUACGCUGCCGCACUGAGAGGGCUAUUUGGAUCGGCCCUAAUUACUGUUUCCCAAUGUCUACGGAUAGGUUCUUGUGAUACACCGCCAUUCUCCAUAUUAUCAUUUUUACAACUUUCGACAUCGGCUCUUCUAGCGCUCGUUCAGACGCUAUUUCCCCGCCGACCAGAUGUCUUCAUGCCAGAGGGAAAGCUUGUCGAUCGUGAGGGCAGCUCAUCUGCUUUCCAACGAUACUCGAUGCAAUGGUGCACCAGCGCUCUUCUUCUAGCCGGAAAUGUUACGACUGUAAACCAACUCCCCGUCUUGAAUUUUCAGACAAGAUCAAAGAGUCAGCCUUUACUAGGGUUAGAUAUGCCCAGAACGAUAUUGUGGGAUCAAAUUCUUACCCAGCGUUUCCUUGGGUUUGCUAAACAGUGGACUCUAAUGCUGGUGCGAUCAGCGGUGUCUUUUGGUUCGCCCUACUGUGUCAUGCAGUUACUCAAUAGUCUAGAAAGUGACAAUGGUCGUACCGAGAGCGCCUGGAUCUGGCUGAUAGGUCUUGGUGUAUUUUCUACCAUGCACACAGUUAUCAAUCACCAUUUGAUAUGGAUACAAUGGUCAGAAAUGGGCAUUCCAGUUCGCGCGCAACUAAUCAUGAGCAUUUUCCAAAAAGCACUAAGAAUGAAAGACGUCAAGAGCCUGUCAGGAAAGACCAGCCGAGAACAUGGGAAUAGAAAGACUCGUUUGGCAGACAAGCCCGAAGCUAUAAACCUCAUUUCAACGGAUACUCUCUCUUUCAGCAAGUUCACUGCUGUGAAUUACAUCAUCCCCUCAUUAUUCAUCCGCUUCUUCUUUGCGAUGUUGUUUCUUGUGAAACUAAUCGGCUGGCAAAGCACACUUGUUGGAAUAUUCGUCACGCUAGCAUGCAUCCCAGUACACGCCUUCGUAGUGAACCGGCAGCGUGCUGCAGUCAAGAAGCUGACGGGCGCACUCGACAAGAAGACACAAGCGAUCGUUGAGGCGCUGAAUGCCCUGCGCCAGAUCAAGUUCUCCGCCUCAGAAACACAAUGGGAGGAAUAUAUCCACACGUUCAGGGAUCAGGAGAUCGAGUAUAUGGACCAAAACUUCAAAGCGAGCAAUAUCAAGUCGGUAUGGGGUGUCACGGCCCCUUUUCUUGUUGCUGGCGCUGCGAGCUUCGCUUAUACCCGUCUACACGGCGGUCUCAAACCGUCUAUUAUAUUUCCGAUGAUUGAGUUGUUGCCUCAUCUGCAAGGAACCUUGGGGUUUGCUCCGUUUGUUUUUCAGGAUUAUUUUGGGGCAAGGGUGAAUGCGAAGCGGAUGGAUAGGUUUUUGAGAAGAUUGGAGCAUAAGAGUGCUUUAGGAGCGAGUCCCGAUGGUUCGGUGACGUUCCGUGAUGCUUCGAUUGCAUGGCCAAUUGAGGAAGAGUCUAGUGAUAAACACUCUCAGAGGCUUUGUCUUCAUGGAGUAAGUCUUGAAUUUCCCGUUGGACAGCUCAGUAUUAUUACCGGGAAGACAGGGUCCGGCAAGAGCCUAUUACUGUCUUCUAUCAUUGGUGAAGCGGAUAUUCUUGACGGCCAGAUUAACGCGCCAUCAAUGGUAGAAGGACAUCCAGUUGCCUUUGUUUCCCAAACUCCAUGGCUUCAAAAUGUAACAAUCAAAGAAAACAUUCUUUUCCAUAGCCUAUUUGACGCGGAAAGAUACGAUAAAGUUCUCACAGCCUGCGCAUUGACACCCGACCUUCUGGCUCCUCCUAAAGGGGAUGAGGCUGUGAUCGGUCUUCGCGGUGUUAAACUUAGUGGAGGACAGCGUGCUAGACUUUCUCUUGCAAGAGGACUAUACUCUUCUUCUCAAUUACUAGUCAUGGAUGACAUCUUCUCGUCUUUAGAUGCCCUUGUGUCCAGGGAGGUGUUUAAUGCCCUGACAGGGGAACUUGGUGUUGGCCGCACCCGUAUUCUGGCAACGCAUCAGGUGUCAUUAUGUUUGCCGAAAGCGAAAUACUUCGUUCAACUUGAAAAUAACACUAUCAAGUACGCCGGUGAUACGGAGUAUAUCAGGGACAGUCAUACUCAAGAAUCGGAGGCGGGAUCAGACACUUCAAUGCCUUUAUCGGUGGAGGAUAAGGAGAAGUCAAAUUCUGGCGACAUCCUUGUCCAAACAAAACCCACCUCUAAAACGGCAAAGCCAAAAGCGAGAACGGAUUUGAAGGUGUACAUGCGUUACUUUGCUGCGGCCGGAGGCGUCCAAUUCACAUUAGUCUUUUUCCUAGGACUUCUUGCUAAACAGCUCUUGAGUGCAGUGACAACAUGGCUUCUCGGACGUCUAAACUCAUCGCGUCCAAAUGUACACGGAAACAGUGACGAUACUAGAAACAUUCUACCGUUGAUUGAAAAUGUGGACAGCGGGCUGCAAAAGUACUUUUAUCUAUACCUGUGCAGUUCUAUUUCAGCGAUCAUAUUAGAGUGGUUAUUCAACCUGUUUGCUUCACGUGGAUCAAUUCGUGCGUCAAAAGCUCUUUGUCAUGAGAUGACUUAUCGCGUACUUCGCAUGCCGCUUUUGUGGAUUGAUAAUACUCCUUUUGGAGAUAUGCUCAAACGCUUCACUGCGGGCACGAGAAUGGUGGAUGAUUUGGUGCUUGGUACGAUAUCCGAGUUCACAGAUUGUUUUGUCAAACUCGUCGUGGUUAUUGGUGUUGGAUUAUAUACCUCGCAAUAUACAAUAUUCCUUACAAUCGCCCUACUAUUCUGGUGUGCCCGAUUGAGUCGGGACUAUAUCAAAGCUCGCACGACCGUGAAACACGCCGACUCCAGACCAACCGCUGAUAUUCUUGAACAUUUCACCUCCUCGACAGCCGGGAUAUCAACGAUCCGCGCAUUCGGCACAGUCGACCAGACCGUCGAGAAAAUGCACCAACAUAUUGACAAGUUGUCAACGGCGAGACGCCACUUCUGGAUAUUCAAUCGCUGGCUCGGUCUCCAGAUGUCGUUUGCGGGGAUCUUGUUCAGUAUGGGUACCGCGGUGAUUCUUCUUUCAUCGAGCUCGGUUAUUCCGACUUCGGUCAUUGGGUGGACGCUCACCUUCUCAACGGAGUUUUCACAGGCGAUUUUCAAGGCGGUGAAUAGCUUUGGUGUUCUUGAAACGCAUAUGGAGGCAGCCAGGGCGGUUCUGGAGUAUGGGGAUCUUGAGAAUGAAGACCAAGCAGGUCAUGAUGUACCUACAGACUGGCCGUCGAAUGGGAAGGUGGAAGUUAACGGUCUUGACGCUGCCUACUCGCCCACGCUCCCGAGGGUGUUGAACGAUGUGACUUUUACAGUCGAAGGUGGGCAGAAGAUUGGGAUUGUAGGUCGAACUGGCGCUGGCAAAUCGUCACUGACCUUGUCCCUACUCCGCCUGCUGACUCCCAUUAAUGGGUCCAUCUCUAUCGACGGGAUCGAUAUAUCGACAAUAAAGCUGCAGGAUUUGAGGUCCAGAGUCACGUUUAUCCCGCAGGAUCCCGUGCUAUUCUCUGGAACAGUUCGGACUAAUCUUGACUACUUCGGGCAUUUCCCGGAAGAGAGACUCAAACAAGCGCUGCGACGUGUGAAACUGUUCGCAGAACCUGGCGAGAAAGAAGUCUCAUCUUCAUCCUUGUUUACCCUUGACUCACCAAUCAGCGCUGGCGGAUCGAAUAUCUCGCAGGGCCAGAGACAACUGUUCUGUCUCGCACGUGCAUUGACCAAGAACACGAAGAUUAUUAUUCUCGACGAAGCAAUUUCGGCGGUGGAUAGCAAGACAGACGCUUUGAUUCGGGAGACUAUUAUAUCGGGAUUUAACACGACACUGAUUGUCGUCGCCCAUCGCUUGAGUACUAUUGCGAGCUUUGAUAGGGUUAUGGUGAUGAGUGAUGGUAAAGUGGCAGAGAUUGGAGAACCAGCGAGACUGUUGAAAGAUAAGGGACUGUUCUAUGAUCUUGUUCAAGACAGCGAGGACAAGGAGCUUCUGGUGACAACAAUCGCAAAUCAGAUGUGA